UCAAUGUCAGUGUCAGGUGUCAGACAAUAACUGAACGACGAAUGAAAAUAAAGUCGAAAAAUUAUUAUUCCUAAUCAAAUAUUGUUAUGAUUACAUUCAAGCAACUAACUCGUUUUGUAAUAUUACUUAACGAACCAGCCUUCUUAUGCAGUUUCUAACACGCUUUUUAAGCCGUUAUUAGUAUCAUUCCAAUGAUAAAUUGAACGUAAAUAGCCAAUAUGCUUCCUGGAAUAGGUGUAUUUGGAACUGGAUCAGUAGCUAAAGUAUUAGUCCCAUUCUUAAGAGAAAAAGGAUUUUCAGUGGAAGCAAUAUGGGGUACAACCCUGCAAGAAGCCGAAGCAACUGCAAAGGAGUUAAAAAUACCGUUUUUUACUAACAAAAUUGAUGACGUUUUGUUGAAGAAAAAUGUCAACUUAGUUUUUAUAGUUUGUGCGCCAAAUCUUCAUGCUCAGAUCUCAGUGAAGGCUCUUGGUAUUGGUAAGCAUGUUGUGUGUGACAAGCCUGCAGGGCUGUGCCAAGCUGAAGCUCUUAAAAUGGUGCGAGCCGCACAAUACUAUCCCACACUUAUUUCAAUUAUAAACCAUUCUUUACGAUUCUUACCUGCCUUCAGCUAUAUGAGAAAGUCUAUUGUAGAUGGUUAUUUGGGCAAUCCUGAAGAGUUAACCUUAAUUGACGUCCGUGUUCAAAUGGGCUCUUUACUUGGAAACACUUACAACUGGUUAUGUGACGACACAAUGGGCGGAGGAACUUUGACACUUGUUGGAAGCCAUGUCAUUGAUCUGGUGACAUUUUUAACAGGACAGAAAGUUGUCAAAGUACAUGGUGUCCUAAGGACAUUUGUAGAAGAAACUGCUAAAGUUAAUGGUAUAAGAAAAAUUACAGCUCCAGACUUUUGUACAUUCCAGUUGCAAAUGGAUAAAGGAUUGUUAGUGACAGCAACACUGAACAAUCAUUUACCUGGCCCAUGUUUUAACCAAGAAAUAUAUGUUUGCAGUAAAAAGGGUUAUUUAGUUGUAAGAGGUGGUGAUUUACAUGGCAAAUUGCAUAAAGUUAAUAAGAACAUUCCAGAAGAAGAAAAUAAGCGGGCACAUGACAAAGAAGAUGUGAUAUAUGUUGAUGUUGAAGACUUGAGUUGUACAUCCAGUAUUAUUCCAAAACCAUACAUAAAAGGUUUGUGUAAAAUGAUUAGUGCACUUAAAGAGGCAUUCCUUCCUGUGAAAGAGCAAAUGGAUUGGAUUAAGGAGCCAGUGAGAGCAGCAGCUACAUUUGAAGAUGGACAGAGAGUGCAAGCCACUAUGGAGGCAUUAAGAAAAUCAAGUGGGGAUGGUUGUUGGACCACAGUACAACUUCUGACAGAACCACCGGAUCCUAAUCCUGCAUUGUCUGCGGCUGUUCGACGCACAGCUAUAUCUUUACAGUAAAUUUUCUUGCACAAAUUAUGAGUUAAGCAAAAUUGAGAAAGAAAUAAUUUGCAGCACUUAAAUUGUGUUAAAAAACUAUGGUUUUGUGACUGACAUAUUUUACAUUUUUCUUAUUUAGAGUUGGUUUAGUUACUGAGAUUAUUUUCAGGACAGUUAAAAAAAAUCAUAUUAUUUUUGAAACAAUUCAUACAGAGUAAGAUAGUUUAUUUUCAAGCAAUUUUUUAUAUUGUUAUAAAGUAUUUCAACACAGUAUUAAUUCAUUAUGUACCUAUAAUUUGCCAUAAAGUAAAUGAUUGUUUUUUUCAAUUGUAUUAUUUUUGAAUAUAAAAUGUUUCAAGUAUUAUUGUAAGAUGCAUAGUAAAUAAAAUAAAAGUAUUUUUCAGUCCAGUUUAAUAUGGUUAACUGUUAUGUUUAGAAUAAAAACAAAUAUGAUUGCUAGAUUGUGAUAAAGAUCUGUUACAUAAAAGAAUAAAUAUGAGAUAAGCAGUGAUAUGUAUGUGCUAUCAAUAUUAAAAAUGCAAAUGUUUACUAUGGAUGUUUAUUUUAAGGUAUAUCCUUGAACAGCUGUAUGGAUUUUGUUGAAAUUUUGCAUCAAUGUAGAAAAACCCUUAAGAACACAUAGGCUUAUUAAGCUUUUUUUAAUUCCAUGCGGACAUGGUCAGAUGCGACAGCUAGUAUAUGUGUGUUCAUUGGUCUUUCAUCAAUUAAAUAAUUCUGUUAGAAAAUAUGCUUGCCAUAUAAUUUGAAAGUUAUGGAUAAAGAAACAUUUGAACAAUCUGUGCAUUAGAUGCUUGUUGAGACGAUGUGAGAGUAAAAGUAUUAAUAAAAUUAUGUGAUUCUUUCAUUUUGUGCAGUUUUAUUAGUUGAUAGACUCAAUAGAAGUGUUAUGUUGUAUUUCUCAACUUAUUACAUCACAUGAAAUUCAGAUCAUACCUUUUAUAAUUACUGGCUAAAUUACUUUGAACUAAAUUAUUGCAUCAGGACUAUUUAGAGUAACAGAAUGUAUGGAACAAGAACAAAGGAACACAACUGUUGAUUAGUGCAGUUUUUGCUUCAGCAACUUGGAUUAGUCUAUGUCCAGGUCACUGUGUUCUUUAGGUGUAGAUUUGUGGCUGCAUCAACUGUCUAUCAGAAAAUAUAUCUUUUAUAGAGUAAUGAAUGAUAUGUACAUCAGUUUCAUGUUGUUGAGAAUAUGUAUUAACUUAAUAAAUUGUUUUAAAAUGAUAAAUAUGUAAAUGCCGAGUCCCAACUUUUGGCAAACAUAAAUUACCAUACUAAUGUGUCGCCAUCCAUCUUCUAAGUGAAUCCAAGACAUCUAAGUAUAUGUAAUUAAUAAAUCAUGCAAAUUGAGUAAGUUUUUGUUGUGUAUGUAAAUUUAAAAAAAUAUCUUAUUCUUUUUUGUCAGAAUUGCAAUUGCAAAAAGUGUAUUUUACGUAACAAAGUACAUAGCAGUUUUAGGUUAUGUUCACUUUGAUAAAUCAAAGAUAUUUUGUCAGGACCAGAAAAUAAUAGACAAUUGUUAUAACAAUAUUAUAAUAAAUGGAAAUAACAUAACAUUAUACCCCACAGCAGUGGCAAUUACACAAUCACAUUGACAUACAGGACUACAUCUAAAGUCUGAACCAAUUCGAAACCCGCAAAACUAAAACUAG